CUCUACCUCUGCGGUGGAGGUGCCAAUGUUGACGUGUUGCAAAAAAAGGGAAUAACAUUGAUAAUCAAUGUUACAACCGAAGCCGAGUUAGACGAUACUGAACUCCCUGCGGAAAACACACGGUAUCUAAGGAUCCCGGAACUAAAUAGGCAUGAGACAAAUCUGGAACCCUACUUCCAUAAAGUAGCCGACAUGAUCCAUCAGGAACGCAAGGCCGGUGGCGCUGCUCUAGUUCAUUGCGUAGCAGGAAUGAGCCGUUCAGUGACAUUGUGCCUGGCGUACCUGAUGAAGUACGGCCAGCUAAGCCUAAGGGACGCGUACGAUCGCGUCAAGACCGUGCGGGCUCAGGUUGAACCCAACGAGUCUUUUAUGUUACAGUUGCUCGGGUUCCAACAUAAAUUGUUCGGCGAU